AUGGGCGAUAAUUUCUUCACCCGGCUCAAGUUGACUGAAAUCAUCAGCACGCAACAAGAAUCGAAAGCACCGGACAUCGACAAUCUCAUGGCCGAGGGCAACAAAUCACGAACGGUGGCCGCCACCAACAUGAACUCGGAGUCGUCCCGUUCGCAUGCCGUUUUCACGGUCGUACUCACUCAGACCCUCAUCGAUUUGCAGUCCGGAGUGACGGGCGAGAAAGUGUCUCGCGUCUCACUGGUCGACUUGGCCGGAAGUGAGCGGGCGGUGAAAACGGGUGCCGUCGGGGAACGGCUCAAGGAGGGGUCCAACAUCAACAAGAGUCUGACGACGCUGGGUCUGGUGAUAUCGAAGCUGGCGGAUCAGACCAGCGGAAGUAAAAAUCGGGACAAAUUCGUGCCCUACCGGGAUUCGGUUCUAACCUGGUUGCUGAAAGAUAACCUCGGAGGCAACUCAAAAACUGUGAUGUUGGCCACUUUGUCUCCGGCUGCAGAUAACUACGAGGAAACACUGUCCACGUUACGUUAUGCAGAUCGAGCAAAGAGAAUUGUCAACCACGCCGUUGUCAACGAAGAUCCUAACGCUAGAAUAAUUCGAGAACUGCGGAAGGAAGUUGAAACGUUGAGGGAAAUGUUGAAACAUGCUACCGGAGGCAGCGAUAUGAAGCGAGUCGACAUCCACGAUAAGAUUGCAGAAAGUGAAAAUUUGAUGAAACAAAUUUCACAAACCUGGGAAGAGAAACUAGAGAAAACGGAACAGAUCCAAAGCGAACGACAGCAAGCCCUGGAGAAAAUGGGCAUUAGCGUACAAGACAGUGGCAUCAAAGUGGAGAAGAACAAAUACUAUCUGGUCAAUCUGAAUGCAGAUCCCUCACUGAACGAACUGCUCGUGUACUACCUGAAGGACAUUACACUCAUCGGAGGCCGAAGUAAUGACAUCAACAAACAACCGGACAUUCAGCUACUCGGUUUAGGAAUUCAACCGGAACACUGUCUCAUCACCAUUGAAGACGGCGAACUGUUCAUGGAACCAAUCGACAGCGCACGCUGCUGCGUAAAUGGAUCCGUUGUAACCAAAAAGACCUCACUGAACCACGGUGAUCGAAUCCUCUGGGGUAAUCAUCACUUUUUCCGAGUCAAUUGUCCCAAAACCAACAACAAUAACAACAACGUUGCCUCGGAACCUCAAACACCUGCUCAACACUUGGAUUACUAUUAUGCUCAAGAAGAACUCAUGCAGAACGAGUUCAGCAAUAAUCCCAUCCAAGCGGCAAUUUCUCGACUGGAGAAGCAACACGAAGAGGACAAACAGGUCGCGUUGGAAAAACAACGACAAGAAUACGAGAAACAGUUCCAGCAGUUGCGAAAUAUCCUUUCACCCACAACCCCGUACGCUCCAUAUGCCCCCUACGAUCCAUUCCGUCUCGGUAAACUCCCUCCAAACACCCCAAAUGCUCAGCUACGAGUAGAAAAAUGGGCCCAAGAACGGGACGAAAUGUUCAAGCGAUCGCUCGGACAACUCAAAACGGACAUCGUUCGUGCAAACUCCCUGGUCCAGGAAGCCAACGUGCUUGCCGAAGAAAUGAAUAAGCAAACCAAAUUUAGCGUGACCCUUCAAAUUCCUCCGGCUAAUCUCAGUCCAAAUCGCAAACGUGGUGCGUUCGUCAGCGAACCUGCCAUCCUCGUUCGUCGAAUGAACUCCGGAAGCCAAAUCUGGAGCAUGGAGAAACUGGAAAACAAGCUUAUCGAUAUGCGUGAUAUGUACCAAGAGUACAAAGACAACAACUACAUGGUGACGGAUGAAAAUAAAAAUAAGUCAGAUCCGUUCUACGAGUCCCAGGAAAACCACAACCUCAUCGGUGUGGCCAACAUUUUCCUUGAAGUCCUAUUCCAUGAUGUGAAACUGGACUAUCAUACCCCGAUCAUCAGUCAGCAGGGUGAGGUUGCUGGAAGGCUACAAGUAGAAAUCAGCCGUAUCGCCGGCCAAUUUCCUCAGGAUCGAAUCAAUGAGUCUGCUUCGGAAAGUUCCCAUGACAGCCACGAAGAGGACGAUCUCUGCGAUCCGCCCAGCAAUCAGGUCUCCUGUAGAAUAAGCAUCAAACAGGCCUCAGGUCUACCGCUUUACCUGUCCAACUUUGUGUUCUGCCAGUACUCGUUUUGGAACCACGAUGUUGCUGUAGUGCCAGCGACCAAUCAAGAAGUAGCAGCUCACAACCAAAACAUUACUUUCAAAUUUGAUCACGAAUCCGACUACAUUGUAACUGUUAACGAAGAAUUCCUGGAGCAUUGUACCGAUGGAGCUCUGUCGAUUGAAGUUUGGGGUCACCGGUCGGUAGGAUUUAGCCGCGCUAAGGAUUGGGAAGUCGAACAGCAACAGGCAAAGGCGCGAUCAUUGGCCGAUCGGUGGGCGGAACUGUCCCGAAAGAUUGAACUUUGGGUUGAGAUCCAUGAGCUGAACGACAACGGCGAUUGGGCGCCCGUUGAUGUACAGUGUUCCAAGGAUAUGCUAACGGGUGGCGUGUAUCAAUUGCGUCAAGGAUUCCAGCGGCGUAUCAAAGUUCGUGUAAAACCGGUUCAAAAUUCCGGUACCCUGCCCAUCAUUUGCCAAUCAAUUAUAAGUGUGUCCGUCGGUUGUGUGACUGUUCGUUCAAAGCUACAGAAACCGAUGGACUCGUAUCAGGAAGAAGAUCUUACCGUGCUAAGGGAUAAAUGGAGUGAAGCUCUAGGCCGGCGAAGGCAAUACUUGGAUCAACAAAUUCAGAAGCUGAUUAACAAAGAUGACAAAACUGAGCAGGAGAAAGAGCGAGAACAAAGUCUUGUGAACCAGUGGGUUUCCUUGACCGAAGAGCGCAAUGCUGUUCUGGUACCUGCACCAGGUUCUGGAAUCCCCGGUGCUCCUGCUUCUUGGGAACCUCCGUUCGGAAUGGAACCCCAUGUACCUGUUCUGUUUUUGGAUUUAAAUGCUGACGACCUUUCUACGCAGGCCUCUAACGAUGAAGUUCCGGUAGCGGGCACCAAUUCCAUCUUGCCAAAAGAACACGGAAACAAGUUCUACACUCUACAGAUCAUUCAGCACCAGGACAAGGACAUCUGUGCCGUCUGUAGUUGGGACUCGUCCAUUCACGACAGCCCUUCGUUGAACCGCAUGACCGAGGCCAACGAAAGGGUCUACCUUAUACUCAAAACAACCGUUCGGUUAUCCCACCCAGCUCCGAUGGAUCUGGUGCUACGGAAGCGGUUGGCUCUGAAUAUUUACAAACGUCAAAGCUUUACGGACCGAUUGAAGAAGCUACGAAUUGGGCGUGUUGACGGAAACUCUCUGCAGUCUGGGGUCACUUACGAGGUAGUUUCAAACAUUCCGAAAGCCUCAGAAGAGUUGGAAGAUCGAGAAUCACUGGCACAGAUUGCUGCUACCGGUGAAGACGUUUCCGCUAGUGAUGGAGAAACUUAUAUAGAAAAAUAUACCAAAGGAGUUUCGGCUGUGGAGAGUAUCCUCACUCUGGACCGGCUUAGACAAAGCGUGGCUGUGAAAGAAUUAGAACAAAUCCGAGGACCGACCCUGUCGAUGCGAAAGACGGCCAGUGUGCCAAACUUCUCCCAGGUCGUAAAAGAUACCCGGGAGCACUGUGGCCUCACCACAUCGAUGACCAUGAGAUUCUUCGAUGCAUCCUUGGAGUCAUUACUUGGAAUCGGACGAUCCGAAUCGUUUGCUGAUCUAAAGAUGGGACUGAAUGCUGCACAAAGCACAAGAGAGACCGCUACAAACCGCCAGAAGCUUAAGAAUUCCAGUUUCAGCGGACCAAGUGGGGAAGAAUCUGGCAGUUCGUCCUACGGAAUUGCUCGUCCCACAUUCCUUAAUCUUAACAUAAAUUUGAACUCCCUGCGAUUACAGCCAACUAAGCCAUCCCCUGCCGCCAGUAAACUAGCUCAGCGUAUGACCACCCUGCACGAAGAACCGCUUAUCAAGCAGGUCUGCUACGAGGAAGAAGGAGAAGAUCGAUUCAGUGAACCAGAAUACGCCGAUUACGAAUUCUACGAACCGGCCAAGAAACCCAACUUUUCGAAGUUGAAAUCUUCCUAUACGGUUGAAUCUUUCAUGGAUAUCGACAAGCGGCCCCCGGUUAUUACAUCCAGCGUUGGUCACACUGGAUCGAAGGAAAAGGCACCCUCCGCUCCAAGUUCAGCAACGACGUCGAACGCGGCGAUCAAAAACCAAAACAUUGUUGCUGGAACCCCGAGCAUGAGCUCAUCCACCUCCAGCGGCUACGGCUCACAGGCCGUAUCUUGCAGUAAUCUUACCAAUGACGACACCUAUUCCAUUCGAUCUCUGAGCGUUGGAGAGACACCAGAAACGAUGUCCCCUUCGAACGCCCGAAAUGAAACCCCGGCCUCCUCCGGAGGCGCUGCUCCUAUGGAAUCCUUCAACGCCAGUGCCAUAAGUGCCGAAUUUCCCAAACGGGUCAAUCCGUUCCUCAAGGAUAUGUUCAACAGUUUCGACGAUA